AUGGAUAUUUCAGAAAAACGUAGUAUUGAAUGUAUCCAUGCAAAUCCAAAUUCCGACGUAACGCAAUGCGCAUUGCGUACUGGCGUCCGUAAUACGGAUUAUGGUGAUGGUUGUUUUGACGAAUUUGUACCAUCCGUAAGAAACAUCCGUAAUUUAUGCCCAUUAAUGUGUCAAGGAGCCGACGACAGUGACGUGCUCGCUAAAACUCCGAUGAACAACCAUAAAUGCAAUCAGUUUUACAAUUAUGGUGUUGUCAAAUUUGGUGAAGAUAUGUAUAUUUGGCGUGGUGGUGAAUGUUUAAAUGCAACCAUAAAAUUUGAUAUCCGAUGUGGAUUUCCGUUCAAAUUGCAGGAUUUUGUAGGUGCUAAUGACAGGUUAUUCUCAUUAAUCUAG